AUGGAUAAUCUCAUCAACGUCGCCCAGCAAAAAGCGCAGGAGUACCUCAACAAGGACGACGACGACAACAAAACCAAGCCGCAGCAGGGCUAUGGCCAGCAUCUUCCCAGUGGCGAAAAAUCCUAUGGUGGCAACUACCCGGCGGGCGGUGGAGCAUUCGUCGACGACGACGAUGACGAUGAUUACCGACAUGCCGCCAACGAGGCUUCGCGUCACGCGGGAUCGCACGGCGACACGGACCUAUUCUCGAGCGUGCUGGGGACGUUGACGAAGAAGAAGACGCAGCUGAGGAACGAGGAUAUUGAUGAGGACGGUAUGUUGUCUUCCUUGCCGUUGCUGUCGGUUUUCGCCUACAUACACUUGUCGCCAUGUAUUCCAAAUCCCCUCAUUCACAAGCCUUGCUGGAGUCUUCUUGAUAGAAAGAAGGCAGAGAGAGAGAGAGAGAGAGAGAGAGAGAGAGAGUGUAUUCUAACAUCAUCGGCACCUGCUACAGAUGCAGUCAAGAAGCAUAAGAAGUUUUUCGGCGAUGACGAUGACGACGACGACGAAAAGGCCGACGACAAAGGGCUCGGCGCUGCUGCCGCGAUGCAGGCACUGAAGAUGUUCUCUAGCGGCCAGACGGGCGGCCAGAAGCAGAGCCAGGGCGGCUUCGCGGGCCUCGCCAUGGCCGAGGCCAGUCGGCUCUUCGACCAGCGCCAGUCGCAGGGCAAGGUCGCCGACGGCACGAGCAAGGAGUCGGCCAUCCAGCAGGCGGGCGAAAUGGCGCUUAAGAUGUACUUCAAGAGCCAAGGCCAGCAGCAGGCGGGCGGCUUCAUGGGCCUGGCGUCUAAAUUCAUGUAG